AUGGCGGCCUGGGCACGGGCAGUGCGGGGGCUGUUGCUGGAUAUCAGCGGGGUGCUGUACGACAGCGGCGGGGAGGGCGGCGGGGUGCCCAUCGCCGGCUCGGCCGAGGCCGUGCGGAGAAUCAAGGCAUCUGGCCUAAAGCUGCGGUUCUGCACUAACGAAACACAAGCGACCCAAGAGAAAUUCGUGAAGAAGCUGCAGGGCCUGGGCUUUGACAUCUCUGUGGCUGAAGUCACCGCCCCAGCACCAGCAGCCUGCCGCCUUCUGAAGGAGCGUGGGCUGAGGCCACAUCUGCUCGUGCACGAUGAUCUUGUCCCUGAAUUUGCUGACGUUGAUAAAACGAACCCAAACUGUGUGGUUAUCGGAGAUGCAGCAGAAAAUUUCUCCUAUGCAAACCUUAAUGAAGCUUUCAGAGUUCUGAUUGGAUUGGAGAAGCCUGUUUUGAUCUCCCUUGGAAAAGGACGCUACUAUAAAGAAACUGAUGGUCUGAAACUUGAUGUUGGAGCAUAUAUGAAGGCAUUAGAGUAUGCCUGUGAUGUUCAAGCUGAAGUAGUGGGAAAACCAGCAAAAGCGUUCUUUGAGUCAGCCCUAGCAGAAAUGGGAGUUCCACCAGAGCAGGCCAUCAUGAUUGGAGAUGAUAUCGUGAGCGAUGUCGGAGGCGCCCAGCAGUGCGGGAUGAGGGCAGUGCAGGUGCGGACGGGGAAGUACAGGCCCUCUGAUGAAAACCACCCCCAGGUGAAGCCUGAUGCCUAUGUGAACAACCUGGCCGAAGCGGUGGACACGAUCCUCAGCCAGAUGUAGGAGCAACGGUGCUGCAGAGAGCUAAGGGGCCAGGAUGGUGCCUUGCAUGUGGCAUGGCCACCAGCUGCUCCAUCCUCUGUCUCCCUGGUGUGCAGAACACCCGUGCUUCUGAACUGUUCACCCAAGGGACUAAACCAAGACUCACCUCAACAGAGGGAACACCAAACCCCCUGUGUGCGUUUUGAGCUUCCUUCCCCUCAGUGCCAUCCAAGUGCCAGCAAAGCCCUUUAGGGACGAGGAUGACUCUGUGGGGCAAGGAGAGCAGUCACAUCCUGCGGGGUCUGGGUACUGGUGUGCUUCCACAGUGCAUUGAUGGGAUCCAAUGGGCAUCCCAAAAACCCUGUGGGACUGUCAGAGCACGCUGGGCAAGGCUGUGGUUGUGUUUCCAUCCUGGUUUCCAGCACCUCUCUGGCACUGCCCUGAGUCAGAGGGCAGGAAUUCAGGAAUGCUGUGACAAAUCACAGAAUAAUUGUGUUGUUGUGCCCUUUAAUAAACACGGUCCUGUGAAUCUAA